AUGACAGUUUUUGGUCUUGUGUCGGCAGUUGCCGGCUUUGUGAAAGUGAGGUAUUUAAUAGACAAGGCCAUCAUCGAUAACAUGGUCUUCAGAGCUCACUAUAGAAUCACGUCAGCUAUCCUGUUUGCCUGUUGCAUUAUUGUCACAGCAAACAAUUUGAUUGGUCAACCAAUCAGUUGUAUAGCCGAUUCAGCAGUAACAGAACACGUAAUUAAUACCUUUUGUUGGAUUACGUCUACAUUUACGCUACCAGCGAAUUCAUUGAAACCUGUUGGUACUCAUGUAGCUGCUCCUGGACUCGGUACAGAUAUUGGAGACAGAAAAUAUCAUUCAUAUUAUCAAUGGGUACCUUUUAUGCUUUUCUUCCAAGGGAUUCUUUUUUAUGUACCUCAUUGGAUGUGGAAACAAUGGGAAGAAGGUAAAGUUCGAUUAAUUUCUGAUGGCAUGAGAGGCACAUCUGUGGAAACAAAGCAAGAACGUCAGGAAAAAACUUCCAAACUUGUAUCAUAUAUCAUGGAUACUUUACAUCUCCACAAUAGUUAUGCAGCAGGUUAUUUUUUCUGCGAAGCUCUUAAUUUCGUUAAUGUUGUCGGUAAUAUUUUCUUUUUGGAUACAUUCCUUGGUGGAGCUUUCCUUACUUAUGGAACUGAAGUUGUCAAAUUCAGUCAAAUGAAUCAAAAUGAAAGAAGUGAUCCUAUGAUUGAAAUCUUUCCUCGUCUAGCCAAGUGUACUUUCCACAAGUACGGUGCUUCUGGAUCUAUUCAAACACUUGAUUCUUUAUGUCUACUUGCUUCAAAUAUUAUUAAUGAAAAGAUAUUUAUUUUCCUUUGGUUCUGGUUUAUCGUUCUUGCAAUAAUGUCUGGCUUAGCAUUAUUAUACAGUAUGGCUGUUGUUUUACUACCUAGCACACGAGAAGCCAUCUUAAGAAAACGAUUUAAAUUUAAUGCAUCAUCUGAAGUUAGCAAUCUCGUUAGAGAAACACAGGUUGGCGAUUUUCUUUUACUUCAUUUAUUGGGACAAAACAUGAAUAUGAUGACAUUUAACGAAGUACUUGACGAAUUGUGUCGUCGUUUUCGAGUUGGUUCAAGUAGUGGUGCAUCACCGGCAUCUGUACCGUCGGCACCAAGCACUCUGGAAAUGUCUCCUAUCUAUCCAGAAAUGGAAAAAUACUCCAAGGAUACAGAGAUUUAAAUUUACUCUUAUUUUUUUGUGAUAAUCAUAGGUGCCUUAAAAAUGACAGCUUAGUGCUACCAGUUAUUAGAAGUGCGAUUCAAGUAUUGAUCAAAGUUUUUUCUCUUGAAUUAAUAAAUAAUUACUAUUUACUUGAUUCAAAGUUAUCAGAAUGAAGAAUAACUUGAUAAAUAUUUAAAUUUAUAGAAAAAAAAAUUAAAAAAAAAAAAUAUUGCCACGAAAGAAAAUCAAAUGGAUUAAUAUGAAAUUAUGUAAAGGUAUAAAAAACAUUACAUAAUUUUAUUUAUAAUGAAAAACUUAGUGCAAUGACAAUACAACGUAGAAUAAUCAAAGUCGACAACCAGAAAGAAAAAAGAAAAGGUCGUCUUGGUUUGAAUCAGUGGGCUGUGACUCGAUCGAUUCUGUUUGUAAAACAAAGUACGACUUGGUAAUUGAAUAUCAAUAUAUUUGAUAAAUUGA